AUGGAGCGCUCCGCGCGCGCCGUCGCGUGGCUCGUCGUCGUCGCCCGGGCGUCGGCCUACUGCGGCUGCAGCAACGCCGUGCCGGCGAGCGAGACCGUGGCGACGCUCGAGCGGAGCUUCGCGACGCGCGUCGCCGGCCGCGAGCGGCUCGCGCAGCGCAUCCUGAGCCUCGCGCGGUCGCACGCGUCGGCGCGGGCGGCGGGCCGCAGCGCGCCGCUGCGGCUGCACCUCACGGGCCCGAGCGGCGUCGGCAAGUCGUUCCUGGCCGAGCUCGGCGGCAAGCACACCUUCGUCGUGAGCGUCAAGAUCAAGAACGUCGCCUGCGAGAACUGGACGAUGACCAUGUACAAGUCCGCGGUCCGCCCGUUCAUCCUGCUCUUCCACGACCCGGGCGAGAGCGCGGCGAGCCGCGUCGGCUUCAAGAUCCCCGUCGUCUCCAUCCACCGCUACUCGUCGGCGGGCGGCAAGCUGGCGUUCGAUUUGGCGGAGAGGGCGACCUUCGUCGAGGGGUCGCACGCGAAGACGACCACGGUCGACGGCUCCGCGUUCGCGUCGGUGUCCAAGGUCUACGCCAGCGUCUUCAUCGAGACGAGCGCCAACGACACGACGGGCGGCGCCGCGAGCCUCGAGGCCGCCUUCGUCCAGUUCAAGCAGUUCUGGGUCGGCAAAGGGCACACGCACCUCACCGAGACGCGCGCCAUCUCGCCGACGGAGCAGUUCGGCUCGCGACCAAACUUUGAAAUUCUCUGGCUCGGCAAGGCCGAGGCGCUCCGCGCGCUCGCGGCGGCCGUGCGCGCGGUGCGCGCGUGCGACCGCGCCGUGCUCGUCUUCGAGGACGUGAACCGGUUGCCCCUUGGCGCCCUGCGGCUCCUGGAGCCCCUGACGCAGCCCGUGCUCCGGUCCGGGGCCGACGCCGUCGACGCCGCGAAGGCGGUCGUCGUGCUCACGUCGGACCUCUACGGCGGCCCGGACGCGGGCGACUUCCUCCUCGAGGAGGGCAUGGGCGUCGAGGACGCCGCGGCCGUCGUCGAGGCCCAGGGCGCGCGCAUGUGGCGCGGCGCGCCGCCCGCGUGGUGGGCGCGCGACGUCGCCUCGCUCGCGCUGCCGCCCCUGGACGGCGCGGAGCUCGACGCGGCCAUCGCGCUCUACCUGCGCCACGACGUCGCCCGCGCCGUCCACGACGCGCUGCGCUUCGCCUUCGCCGAGCUCCGCGCGGUUCUGUGCCGAAUUCAUCCGCUGGUCUGGGUGGUCCCGACCAAACUUUCAACCUCUCGAGCGAUUCGGCUGAUUUUUGGACGAAUCGAUGUCUCUCGCGCGGACGCGCCGGCCGCGAAGCGCGAGUGGACGGGCGCGUUCUCCUACGACGGCCGCGUCGUCGCGGACGUCGCCGCGUUCGUGCGCCGCGGGCCCGCGGACUGGCGCGCCCACGGCAUCACCCACUUCCGGCACGCGGUCCUCGAGCCCGAACUCGAGGCCGCGGCGCGCGCGCUCCUCGAAAAGUCGCGCGUCCGCGUCGACGAGGCCCCGUGGUCCGCGUUCCACGAGACCGCGGCGACGACCCACGUCUACACGUCGUCCCUGCUGCUGCGGACGGCGGAGCGGCGCGUGAACCCGAACACGCCCUACGAGCGGGUCGUCGUCGACGUGACGUGGGACGUGGAGCACCUGCCGGAGGCGGUCUUCAGCGGCGACGCCCGCGUCGCGGUCGCGGGCAUGUCCGAGAGCGUCCUCUGGAUGAUGGAGGGGGUCAAGGCGGUGCUGAGAAGGGUGCUGGGGUUGUGGUGA